AAUGAACAUCAGAUAACCACUAUAAUCUUUUAAUUCAAUAGAGAGAAACCCUGAUAAAUCAUGCAAGUCAAUUUCAGAAAUCGAGACAUUCCUUAAAGAAAUAGAUAGAUUGUAAGGUGAGAAUCAAAAAUUGAAAGAUCGUCUUAAAUAAUAGCCAUCCAUAUCAAUGACUAUGGAAAAUCAAAAGGUUCUUGCUGAGAAUGAAGACCUAAAAGUAAUUAAAUCAAUAAAUAUCUUUUAGAAUCAAUUGGAGUUACUGUAACAUAAAAAUGAAGUAUAGGAGAAGACUCAUUCAGAUGCCUUAAGAUAAUUAGAUAUAAAUUGGAAAUAGGAUGUGGCUACCUUAAAAUUUUAAUUAGAACAAUAGGAGAUCAACCAUAGAUAAGGUUUAAGAUAAGAAACUAUGUAAUACAAGUAGGAAAUAGCAAAGUUAUAAUAAAGUCUUUCUAAGAUUUCAAGUGUUGAAAAUAACAAUUAGAAUUUAGUCUAAGUUUUGGUAAAAAUUCUAUAUUAUAGGAUAGGAAAAUGAGUUGAUCUAAGUAAAGUAGAUAAAUAAUGCUUUAGAAGAAAAGUUGGAAUAAGCUAUUUCUUAAUUUGACCUAUAAUCAAAAGACUAAGAAUUUACUUUGAUGAAAUAAUAAACUAUUAUAAAUUCUUAGGAAUAAUAUCUAAAUGAAUUGAAAUCUAAACUUCAGAUUCAAAAAGAUUAAAAUCUUGAUUUGUUAUCAACUGUGAAAAAAUUGAAGGAUGUAGCUGAUAACAAAACUAUUCUAGCUUCCAGUUUAAGCAGUAGAGUAAAAGAAUUAGAAAAUGAUUUCAAACAUGUCAGUUGUACUUAUUAAGAACAUAAAACUUAAUUAUAAUCAAGAGUUGAUGAUUUAAUAUUAUUAACUGGAAAAUAAGCUGAAUAAAUAUGUUUACUUCAAACUUAAUAAUAAAGAGAUUAAGAAUUGAUUAAAAGAUUACAAAUCAAUUUAGAAAAUGAGUAAAAGAAUAAGGAAAUGGAAUUAAGAGAAAUUCAAGAAUCAAAAGCUAAAUUGAUUCAAUUUUUAUAAUAGGAAUUACUUUAAUAAAAGGAGUAAAAUCAUGAAUUAAGAAGUGAGAAUCAGCAUUUAGAUAAAUAAUUAAAUGAAUUGAAACAAUUUUAUCAAUAUAAUUUCAGAGAUUUAGAAUGUAAAACUAAUAUGUUAGAAGGAGAAUGCAAUAGAUUAAACAAUAUUAUUGCUUAAAAAGAUCAAGAAUUAUCAACUAUUGAAAUGAUGAUGAAUAAUAAUUCUAAUUGUUAAGAAAGAGAAGAUGAAAAGAUUCAUGAAGUUAUUCAAAUUAAAGAAUAAGAAAUCAAUUUACUUAAGUAAUAAAAUGAGAGUUUGAUCAAUGAUUUAUCAAGAUAAGCUGAUAACUAUAGACAUUUAGCUCUAUAACAUAAACAAUAUUAGAAAUUUGCAGAAGAUGUCAAAAUGAACAAUAUUACUAUAAACGAAUUACAAAGCAAAUGUGAAUUAUAGGAUAAGGAAAUAGAAAGAUUAAGAAUGAAAGUUCUAGAAAAGUCAUAACAACUUGAAAAAGUAUAAAAAGACAACCUUGAUUAUUAAGCUAAACUCAAAUCCAGAUUGAAAUGAUUGU